AUGCAUUGGGUUCAUUGGAUGGCGGAUAUGCCAGAAUUUAAAAUAGCACCAGAAGUCCGUUAUUCAGAUAUUAUUGUCCCAACAAUAGAUAAUGUUAGAUCAAGUCAUAUUAUUGAAAUGCUUCUAUUAGCUAAAAAGCCAGUGCUGUGUGUCGGUCCGACUGGGACUGGCAAGUCGAUGACAAUAUUACACAAAUUAACGCGUUAUAUGCCUAAAGAAUACAUACCAGAAUUUAUAAUAUUCAGUGCAAAGACAACAGCCAAGCAAACACAAGACCUAAUAGAUAGUAAAUUAGAUAAACGCCGGAAGCAUGUAUACGGUCCACCUAUGGGACGUUAUAUUGUCUUUUUCAUCGACGAUUUAAAUAUGCCAGCGUUAGAAGUCUUCGGUGCACAACCACCGAUUGAAUUAAUACGCCAAUGGAUGGAUUUCGAUGGUUGGUAUGAUCUCAAGUUGAUUGGUGAAUUCCGUAAAUUAGUUGAUGUCAACUUCAUAUGUGCAAUGGGUCCACCUGGUGGAGGGCGUAAUCCAGUCACUCCUAGACUGAUGCGACACUUCAACUUUUUGGCGUAUAAUGAACUAGAUGAAUUGAGCAUGCAACUGAUAUUUGGUGUAAUAGUGAAAUCCUGGCUCAGUCGUUUAGGUACAGAUAAGCCAGCAGCAAAACUUUUGACCUACGCUGAUGAUUUAGUCAAAGCUUCGAUUCAAGUCUAUAAAACAAUUCAAACUCAACUUUUACCUACACCAGCUAAAAGUCAUUAUACUUUUAACCUACGAGAUUUAUCUAAAGUAUUUCAAGGUAUGCUUAUGUUGGAACCGGAUAGUUUAACUGGAAGUCUUGAACAGUUAUUACGUUUAUGGUAUCACGAAUCAUGUCGUGUGUUUCAAGAUAGAUUGGUUGACGACAAAGAUCGUGAUUGGUUCAAUGAUCUUAUUGACAAAAAAUCGAAAGAAACAUUCAACUUAAAUGUCAACGACUAUGUGAAGACCACUCCAUUAUUAUAUGGCGACUUCUUGUCUGCAGCUGCAAAUGAUGGCUGGAAGUACACAGAAAUGACCGACCAUGCAAAAGUGUUACAGGUAAUCGAAGAAAAUCUUGAUGACUAUAAUCAAAUUAAUACAGCUAAAAUGGAUUUAAUUUUAUUCGUGUACGCAAUACAACAUGUCUGCCGAAUAGCGCGUAUUAUACGUCAGCCACAGGGUAAUGCUCUACUUCUUGGUAUGGGUGGUAGUGGACGUCAGUGUUUAACACGUCUUGCAUCACAUAUGGCUGAAUACGAUUGUUUUCAAAUUGAAUUAUCUAAAAAUUAUGGUAUGCAUGAAUGGCGUGAAGAUUUAAAAAAGAUCAUGAUGACAGCUGGUAUGGAAGACAAGCCUGUAACAUUCUUAUUUUCUGACACACAAAUAAAAACAGAAUCAUUUUUAGAAGAUAUUAACAAUAUACUAAAUGCUGGUGAUGUGCCGAAUAUCUACCAACUAGAUGAACUCGAUAAAAUCUAUGACUCCAUGAAAUUAGUCGCCGCUGAAGCUGGUCUACAACCGACUAAAACAAAUUUAUUUUCGUGUUACACUAAACGUGUACGAGCCAACCUGCAUACAGUAAUUACAAUGAGUCCUAUCGGGGAAAUAUUUCGUGCACGUUUAAGACAAUUCCCUGCCUUAGUCAAUUGUUGUACUAUUGAUUGGUUUAGUGAAUGGCCAAAUGAAGCGCUUGAAUCAGUUGCAUUGAGAAUGCUACAAAAUAUGUCUGAUUUAGAAGUUGACGAAGAGACACUCAAAGCAUUAGUUCAAAUGUGUAUUGAUAUGCAUCAGUCAGUGGUUAGAAAUACAGAAUUAUUCAAGCAUGAAUUAAAUCGUCACAAUUAUGUGACGCCAACAAGCUUUUUAGAAUUAUUGACUGUCUUCUCUAAAAUUUACGGUAUAAAAAAACAAGAGAUUAUUGCAGCACGAAAUCGUACACAGACAGGUUUGGAUAAAUUAUUGCACACCGAAGAAGUUGUCUCCAAGUUACAAGAAGAACUGGAAAUUAUGAAACCGGAAUUAGAAAAGGCUGUUGAAGAAUCGAAGGCAACUAUGGAAGAGAUUACACGGGAUUCGAAAAUUGCUGAAGAAACCCAGUCGGUUGUUGCCCAUGAAGAACAACAAGCAAUGAAAAAAGCCCGUGAAUGUGAAGCUAUUCGUGAUGAUGCUCAGCGUGAUCUAGACGAGGCUCUACCCGCUCUUUACGAAUCAUUAGAAGCACUGAAGUCACUGAAUAAGAAUGAUAUUACUGAAGUAAGAGCUAUGAUGCGUCCUCCAGAGGGUGUACGUCUGGUUAUCGAAGCAGUGUGCAUUAUGAAGGAUGUGAAACCGAAAAAAGUGGCAGGCGAUAAGCCUGGAGUAAAAGUUGAUGACUACUGGGAACCUGGUAAAAUUAUGCUACAAGAUCCUGGGAAAUUUUUAGAUAGUCUAAUGAAUUAUGAUAGGGAUAACAUACCAGACAGCAUCAUUGCAAAAAUCAAACCAUACAUUGAGUCAGAAAGUUUUCUGCCUGCGGCUAUCGCUAAAGUAAGCAAAGCAUGCACCAGUAUUUGUUUGUGGGUUAGAGCUAUGUACAAGUAUCAUCAUGUGGCUAAAACUGUUGCACCCAAGCGUCAAGCUCUACAGUCCUCUGAAUUAGAAUUAGCUGAAACUGAAAAGAUUCUUACUGAAGCAAGAGAGCGAUUAAAAGCUUGUGAAGAACGCAUUGCUAACUUGCAAGCUAAAUAUGAUGACUGUAUACGUAAACAACAUGAACUGGAGGAGAAAAGUCAACUCUGUGAGGCAAGAUUAGUCAGAGCUGAUAAAUUAAUUGGUGGAUUAGGCAGUGAGAAAAUACGAUGGAAUGAAUCUGUUGCUAACCUUAAUCACCUACUUAGCAAUCUUGUUGGAAAUGUACUUUGUUCCUCAGGGUCUGUAGCCUACUUUGGACCAUUCUCUGGUAAAUAUCGUACUGAUAUGAUCAAUGAAUGGGUGGGAAAGUUGAAACAUCAUCAUGUACCGCAUACUACAGAUCCAGCGCCAAAUUUAGUCCAAACAUACGGUGAUCCUGUUAAAUUGCGUAACUGGCACAUAUUUGGCUUACCUAAAGAUGUUUUAUCUAUUGAAAAUUCUGUGAUUGUCCAAUUCUCAAGAAGAUGGCCAUUAUUUAUUGAUCCACAAGGACAAGCCAAUAAGUGGAUUAAAGCACUUGGACAAGAAGAUGGUAUGAUUGUUACCAAGUUAUCUGAUAAAGAUUUUCUACGUAAUGUAGAAAAUGCCUUACGUUUUGGUAAACCAUGCCUAAUAGAAAAUAUUGGCGAAGAACUAGAUCCAGUCUUAGAACCUGUUCUGUUAAGACAAACUUACAAACAACAAGGCGCUAUAGUUAUCAAACUAGGAGAUGCUGUUAUUCCAUAUCAUAAUGACUUUAAAUUGUAUAUCACGACCAAAUUGCCAAAUCCUCAUUACAAGCCUGAGUUGUCGACUAAAGUGACGCUUGUGAACUUCACCUUAUCUCCAAGUGGCUUAGAGGACCAACUGUUGGGUAUUGUAGUGGCUGAAGAGCGUCCCGAUCUAGAAGAAGCUAAAAACCAGUUGAUUGUGAGUAAUGCAAAGAUGAAACAGGAAUUGAAAGAAAUUGAAGAUAAAAUACUAGAACGGUUAAGCGCUACUGAAGGCUCACCUGUUGAUGAUAUCGAUUUGAUACAAACACUCGAAGCAUCCAAGCUAAAGUCAAGUGAAAUUAAAUCCAGAGUUGUUGUCGCUGAACAAACGGAACGCGAUAUCGAUGAAACUAGGAGCAAAUACAUUCCUGUGGCUGUGAGAACACAAAUUUUAUUCUUCUGCGUUUCUGACCUUGCAAACAUCGAUCCAAUGUAUCAGUAUUCACUUGAAUGGUUUGUUAAUAUCUUCCUGAAUGGAAUAAUCAAUGCAGAAAGAGCUGAUCAUGUUCCACAACGUGUGAAAAAUAUUAACGAUUAUUUCACAUUCAGCUUAUAUAAUAAUGUCUGUAGAAGUUUAUUUGAAAAGCACAAAUUAAUGUUUGCAUUCCUAGUAGCUAUUCGAAUUCUUCAGAAUGAAGGUUUAAUUGACCCUGAUGAAUAUCGAUUUUUACUUGCUGGUGGUACGCAUAAAGGUAAAGAACUUGCUAAUCCAGCACCAGAAUGGAUUUCAGAUCGUAUGUGGGGGGAUGUACUGAAUCUUUCUUCUUUGCCUAAAUUCGCUAAUCUACCAAAAAGUAUAACACAGAAUCGUGAUGGAUUCAAAAAGAUUUUCGAUUCUUGUGAACCACACAGAAGUGAAUUCCCCGAGCCAUGGCAAACAGAUUUAGACAGCUUCCAACGGAUUUUAGUUCUACGCUGCCUUAGAGCUGAUAAAGUGACCAAUGCAAUGCAAGACUUUGUAAGUCAUCAUUUAGGCCAAAGAUUUGUUGAACCGCAAACUGCUAGUCUGCAUCAAGUAUUCAAGGAUAGUUCACCGUCAGCUCCGUUAAUCUUCGUAUUGUCUCAGGGUACAGAUCCAGCUUCAGAUUUGUACAAAUUUGCCGAUGAAAUGAAUUUCGGUGGUAAAAAGCUGUCAGCUAUCUCACUUGGUCAGGGACAAGGUCCUAGAGCUGAAGAACUUAUGCGAACAGCAAUGGAUCGUGGAGUUUGGGUAUUUUUCCAAAAUUGUCAUUUAGCUCCAUCUUGGAUGCCUACUUUAGAAAGAUUGGUUGAACAGAUAGACAAGGAUAGAGUACACCGAGAUUUCCGCCUAUGGUUGACAAGUAUGCCCAGUCCAGAUUUCCCAGUUUACAUUUUACAAAAUGGAUCUAAAAUGACAGUUGAACCUCCGAAAGGCUUGAAGGCAAAUCUGUUAAGAACGUACCAGGCAAUUAAUGACGCUUACUUGGCUAAUGUUCCGGCUAAGAAUGAUGUCUUCAGGCAUUUGUUCCUAUCCCUGGCAUUUUUCCAUGGUGUUUUGAUUGAACGUAAAAAAUUCGGCCCACUAGGAUUCAAUAUACCUUAUGAAUUUACAACUGGUGAUUUGAGAAUAUGUAUGGAUCAGUUGAUUAUGUUUUUAACUGAAUAUACUACUACGCCUUACAAGGUUCUUUGUUAUACAGCUGGACAUAUUAACUACGGUGGACGUAUAACGGAUGAUUGGGACAGGCGAUGUGCGAUGAGUAUAUUAGAUGAAUAUUACUUUCCGCGUGUUUUAGAAGACGAUUAUAGUUAUUCACCAUCUGGUAUAUACCACCAGCUACCCGGAAAUACAGAUCAUGCUAUGUACUUGGACUAUAUUCGUGGACUACCCAUCAAUGAUCCACCCGAGAUAUUUGGAUUACACGAGAAUGCUAACAUCACAUUUGCUCAAAAUGAAACAUUUGCACUUUUAGGAUAUUUAUUAUUAUUGCAACCAAAAACUUCAGCUACAACUGGCAGUGGAAAACAACGUGAAGAGAUUGUUGAAGAGUUGUGUCAUUCUCUUCAAAAACAAUGUCCACAAUCAUUUGAUCUGCCGGCUGUAAUCACUAAGUAUCCAGUGAUGUAUGAACAGUCCAUGAAUACAGUGUUAACUCAAGAGGUUAUCAGAUAUAAUAAUCUACUAGUAACUAUACAGAGAACAUUGAAUGACCUACUGAAAGCACUCAAAGGUUUUGUAGUAAUGUCAGCUAAUUUAGAAGAUAUGGCUAGAUCAUUAUUCGAUAAUCGUGUACCCGUUGCCUGGGCGAAUAAAGCCUAUCCAAGCCUAAAGCCAUUAGCCAGUUGGACUGAAGAUUUAGUGAUGCGUGUCAGAUUUAUCCAAGAGUGGAUUGAUCAUGGUGUGCCAAGUGUAUUUUGGAUAAGUGGUUUCUUCUUUCCACAAGCUUUUCUAACUGGUACAUUACAAAAUUAUGCAAGAAAAAAGAUCAUCUCUGUUGAUACUAUUUCAUUCGAUUUUAAAGUCAUGAGAGAAGGCUAUCAAGAAUUAACUGAAUCACCGGUCGACGGGAGUUAUAUUCGUGGUUUAUUCUUAGAAGGAGCUGGCUGGGACUCUACACGUAAUAUGCUGUGUGAAUCUAGACCGAAAGAAUUAUUUGUCAACAUGCCAGUUGUUUGGCUUAUACCAACAGCUAAUCGUAAACCACCAACUCAUGGUGUCUACGAUUGUCCAGUGUACAAAACGCUUACUCGUGCUGGUACUCUUUCUACUACUGGUCAUUCAACUAACUUUGUAUUCUCCAUUGAAGUUCCAACUGAUCAACAGCAAAAACACUGGAUUCAACGUGGGGUAGCCUUGUUAUGCGCGUUGAAUUAUUAA